AUGGAUAUAAUAGGAAUAUAUUGUAAUUUUUGUUGGAAAGAGUUAAUAGAAAAUGAUCGAGUAUUUAUAACAUCUUGUUUUCAUUUGUUUUGCGAUAUUUGUAUGACCAAUAAAAUAAAUGAAAGAAUAUGUCCAAUAUGUGAUGGAUCCUUAAUGUCAAAGGGUUCAAUCUAUGGUAUUACUAUAGGAUCAACAUUCGAUAAAUCAAUACAGUUGUUCGGAUUACCCCCAAAAAAAAUUUCAAUGAUAGCAGAAAAAGCAAUAGAAUUUUAUAACUAUCAGAACAAUGUUUAUCUUCAAAGUUUAAUUUAUCAAUCUCAGCAAUCACUAAGCCAAUAUAAUGUUAUUAAAAGAACUAAUGACGAUUUAAAUUUUAAAAUUGAAUCUUUCGAAAAACAAUUAAAAUUGCAAAGAAUAGAAAAUGAAAAUGAUAAAAAAGAAAUUGUAGAACUCACCGAAAAACUUGCAGAAAAAACUCGUCAAAAAAGAAAAUUAGAAGAAUUAUAUUUAACUUUAAAAGAAAAUAUGAAUAAUUUAAAUAAUUCAAAUUUUAAUAAUAUUCAUUUCAAUGGUUCAGAUAAUAACAAUAGUAAUAACAAUAAUAAUUAUAUUAGUAACAUUAAUAGCAAUAAUAAUGGUAAUAACAUAAAUAAUGAAACCACCUCCAUCGCUAUAAAAAACAAUGGUUUUAAAUUACCAUUUUCAGCAAAUUUGAAAAACAUCAACAAUAAUAAUAACAACAAUACUAUUAAUAACAAUAAUAGCAGUAAUAGUUAUAUUAAUAAUAAUUUUAGUAAUGCAAACAAUAGCGCAGCGGGAAAUAUUUUAAGUCCAAAUAAAACUACAUACCGUUCACCAUCAUUUUGUUCAUCUCCAAUAAAUAUAAAAAGCACAAAUGAUGAUUUUGUUUUUGUUCCUCCAAACUUAUCUGGUAUGAAUCAACAACCCGUUCCAAAAGGACCUUUUCCUUCUCCUUUUCAAAAAAAAUCAAACUCAGACAAUAAUAAUAAUAAUAAUAAUAAUAAUAAUAAUAAUAAUAAUAAUAAUAAGAAUGAUAAUAAUAACAAUAAUAUUAAUAAUAAUAAUAAUAAUAAUAAUAAUAAUAAUAAUAAUAAUAAUAAUAAUAAUAAUAAAAAUGAUAUAUUAUUAUCCUCAAGUAUUUAUUUGAUUGAUUUUUAA